UCGGGCGUCUAUAAGAGGGGCGGGCAGGCAUGGAGCCUCAGAGGAAUCGAGGAAUCGCGGCGCCAGCAGCUGCGAGGCCCCAGAAGCACAACCCGGGAAGAAAAAUGCGUUGUGGACCCCUGUGCCGAUUCCUGUGGCUUUGGCCCUAUCUGUCCUACAUUGAAGCUGUGCCCAUCCGAAAAGUCCAGGAUGACACCAAAACCCUCAUCAAGACGAUUGUCACCAGGAUCAAUGACAUAUCACACACGCAGUCCGUCUCCUCCAAACAGAGGGUCACUGGUUUGGACUUCAUCCCUGGGCUCCCCCCUGUCCUGAGUUUGUCCAAGAUGGAUCAGACAUUGGCGAUCUACCAACAGAUCCUCACCAGUCUGCCUUCCAGAAAUGUGAUCCAAAUAUCUAAUGACCUAGAGAACCUCCGGGACCUUCUCCACCUGCUGGCCUCCUCCAAGAGCUGCCCCUUGCCCCAGGCCAGAGCCCUGGAGACCUUGGAGAACCUGGGCGGCGUCCUGGAAGCCUCUCUCUACUCCACGGAGGUGGUGGCCCUGAGCAGGCUGCAGGGGUCUCUGCAGGACAUGCUGCGGCAGCUGGACCUCAGCCCUGGGUGCUGAAGCCUUGAAAGCCUCUCUUCCCAAAGCUGAGGGAAGAAACCUGAGCUUCCAGGUGUCUGCAGGAGAAGAGAGCCUGUGUGGACAUCCUUUAUGCAGGCCUGCGGGUCAUUUCUCUGUCACUCCUCUAAGCCGCUCUUCUUCCAAAGGCAGAAAACUCCAAGGCAGGAAACCAGAGAUAUAACUACAUGGUUCCAUGCCCACCGACCGGGAAGGAGGGCCCAUCCAGCAAACAGUGGACUAGAUCUGGGAUUUUCACGGAAUUCUUCCUCCCUGUUCCAUCUCCCUCUCACUGCAUGCUUCACCGUGACCUGGGGUGAUUUCAGACCCUUUGGACGAUCAAGCAAGAUUCCCUCUGAAAAUCCGGGGAGCAUCGUAAAGGCUACAGGCACACACAGCUGGAUACUUCCACGCAACACAAGUUGGAAGCAUUUAUUUAUUUAUUAUGCAUUUUAUUCUGGAUGGAUUUGAAGCAAAACGCAAGCUUUUCCAGGCUCUUUGGGGUCAGCCAGGGCUCAGGAUGCUGCUGGGGUGCUGUUUCCAAUCCCAUCAAUGGGCCUGACCAAGGCAAACCCAUUUUGACUGACUUGAGGGUCCUCAAGUUAGUUUUCUAGAGACUGGCUUUGUUUCUA